AUGGGAAAUUCUUACGCUGGGCAACUCAAGACAACACGCUUUGAAGAAGUGCUCCAUAAUUCUAUUGAGGCCUCUCUCCGGUCAAACAAUUUAGUUCCUAGGCCUGUUUUUUCACAGCUGUAUUUGGAAGCGGAGCAGCAGCUUUCUUCUCUUGAAGCAGGCAGUAGAGUGGAUAAUGAAGAAGAAGAGGAGGAGGAGGAGGACGAAGAAGGUUCAGAAUCGAGUAGCCCUCCUAUUACUUAUCAGAUGAAACCACCUCCUGAAGGGUGUUGUACCACUGAUGGUUUCUGUCAGGCUGGUAAAGACUUGAGAUUGGUAUCAAUUUCCAAUGAACAAAUCGAAGUGCCGUCGGGAUUUCUGCUUGUGGGCGCUAAAUCACCAAAUUUACCUGAUCACCUUUUAGUGUGUGCCGUAGACAAAAGAUUCUUGCCCGAUGACCAGGGGCGAAAUGCCCUUUUAGGUUUCUCUGGCAAUUGUGUCGGCUGCAGCAAGAAAGGCUUCUGCUACUUUACAGAGUUUUCCAAUCACAUCAAUCUUAAGCUGACCACUCAGCCCAAGAAACAGAAACACUUAAAGUAUUAUCUGGUCAGGAAUGCACAAGGAACUCUGACCAAAGGAUCUGCAAUCUGCUGGAAGGGGGCAGAAUUCAGAAGCCGUCAGUCCUCCUCCAGCGCUCGUUCCAGUACCUUGUUCCAGCCUCCAGAGAAUACCAGCUCCUCGACAGCUGUUGCAAAUGAACCAGUUCUAGCCGCGCAUUCAGGUGUUCAAGCAGGGAUGCACCAGAUGGCAUCAGACCAACUCCCAUCAACAGUAUGCUACCCAGUUUACAACGGCAAAGACUCUCCCCAGCAGCAUUCAGCAAAAAGCAAUUUAUCAUCAGUGACAAGACCAUCAGUAUUAGGGACUUUAACAAAUUCAGGGCCUCCAAAGAAACGCCACAAAGGCUGGUCGCCAGAGUCUCCAUCGUCUAACGAAGCCUGGCAUUUGCAACCCAACCCACAGAUCACCUAUCGAAAUAAAAAUGAGGCAGGAGGAGGGCUUUCCUGUUUACCUCAUGCUGCCGUGGUAGGACCUAUGUCAUCUCCUGUGGUGACCUCUGGAGAGCCAGUUUCAGUUCCUGAUAACCUACUGAAAAUAUAUAAAGCAAAGCCAGUCCUAUUCAAAGGGCAUGGAAACUUCCCUUACCUUUGCGGGAACCUUAACGAUGUCAUAGUCAGUCCCCUUUUGUAUACGUGUUACAAGAAUUCACAGUCUCUCUCUAGGGCUUAUGAGCAAUAUGGAGCCUCAACAAUACAGCCGAUUUCAGAUGAAAUGCAGCUUUUACUAACAGUCUAUUACCUUGUUCAAUUGGCUUCAGACCAGGUUCCUUUGAUUGAGGACUUGGAGCAGAUCUUCAUGCGUUCAUGGAGGGAGUCACAUCUUUCUGAAAUCCGUCAGUAUCAACAAGCCAUCCCACAGGCUUUUCCUCAGGUUCCCGGCCCGAUUGCACCAGUGACAUCUGCUCAACUUCCCUGGCUAGCGGGACUGGCAGCCAGUUCCUGUAACGACAGUGUUCACAUCAUUGAGUGCAGCUACUCUUUAGCUGAAGGGAUCUCAGAAAUGUUCAAGAUGCUCAUUGAGGGAAAGUUAGUGAAGACCAAUUAUGUGGUGAUCAUAUGCGCUUGUCGAAACAGAGCCAUUGAUUCUUGCAUUGCUGUCACAGGGAAAUACCAAGCAAGAAUAUUAUCUGAGAGCAUGCUCUCUCCAACAGAAUACCAGAAAGAAGUUAGUUAUGAACUGGUGACUGGGAAAGUAGAUGCCCUAGGGGCCUUCUUCAGUACUCUCUGCCCAGAUGGGGAUAUUGAUGUUUUGCUGGACAAAUUUUGUCAAGAAAAUCGAGGGCACAUUUCGUCAUCUCUCCCGGCUUCAGUCAAUAAACCGACAACGGUGGACGUAGCUGGAGCAGCUGGGUGUACAAAUUAUAACUUUGAGCGGCAUCAGAUUCGACCCUUCCAGCUCGCAGUAGCUCAGAAACUGCUGUCUCAUGUUUGUUCCAUUGCAGAUUCCAGCACUCAAAAUCUUGACUUGGGCUCCUUCGAGAAAGUUGAUUUUCUGAUAUGUGUCCCUCCUUCGGAAGUGACAUAUCAGCAAACGCUGUUCCACCUCUGGCAUUCAGGUGUCCUAUUAGAGCUUGGUUUGGAGAAGGAGCAUCUUACAAAGCAGAGGGUGGAGCAAUACGUAGUCAAACUUGACACAGAAGCCCAGAGCAAAUUUAAAACCUUUUUGCAGAACUCCAUGCAGAAUCCACACACGCUCUUUGUCCUGAUCCAUGACCAUGCUCACUGGGAUCUUGUCAGCACAGUUCACAGCCUUUAUCCUCAAUCUGAUCCAGCAGUGGGCCUUGUGGACAGGCUGCUUAACUGCAGAGAGGUGAAAGAGUCCCCAAAUAUUGUGACGCUUCAUGUGACUUCCUUCCCCUAUGCUCUGCAGACACAACACACUCGCAUCAGCCCUUACAAUGAAAUCCACUGGCCAUCAUUAUACAACAAUGGAGCUGAUUUGUACCAUGAAAGCAAGAAGUACUACGGACUGUCUGAGUUUGUUGAAUCCACCCUUUCUGGACACAGCCUUCCAUUGCUUCGUUAUGACAGCUCUUUUGAAGCAAUGGUCAUGGCUUUGGGGAAAAGGUUUCCCAGACUGCAUAGCGCAGUGAUAAGGACGUUUGUUCUUGUACAGCACUAUUCUGCAGCCAUGAUGGCCGUGUGUGGCUUGUCCCAGAUGAAGAACUACACAACAGUUGAAACCCUAGAAAUCACUCAGAAUCUCAUCAAUUCAUCAAGACAAUGCCCCAGCGGUCAUGGGCUUAUGGUGGUUUUAAGGAUUCCAUGCAUUCCAUUGGCGGCAGUGGCUUACGAACGCCUCAACCAUGUGCGGGAAAGACUUGCCCUGGAGGACCAUUUUGAAAUCAUCUUGGGGAAUCCCAACUCUGGAAUCACCGUAGGGAAACACUUCGUGGAGCAACUCAAGAUCUGGCAGAAAAUUGAAGAUGCUGAAUGGAGUCCACAGACCUAUUUGGAGCUGGAAGGUCUGCCUUGCAUCUUGAUCUUUAGUGGAAUGGACCCUCAAGGCGAGUCUCUGCCAAGGUCCUUAAGAUACUGUGAUCUCCGUUUAAUAAAUUCCUCUUGCUUGGUGAGAACAGCCUUGGAGCAAGAACUUGGCUUGGCAGCCUAUUUUGUAAGUUCUGAAACCUCCGCAGAGAAACUGGUCUCCAAUGAUGUUCUGGAGAGUGACCCGGAGAAGCUAAGCAGUACUGAUAAUGAAGAUGAAGAAACAGUAACAGAAGGCUCCACUUCAGAAAAAAGAAGCCCUGUCAAAAGAGAACGAUCUGGCUCUCAUGAUUCUGCAGCUUCAUCUGUUUCUUCUAAAACAUCAAGCACAGCAUUCUGCAGUGAAAAGUCUCCUCCAUCAGUAACUGCAGGUGACACAGGAAAGUCAACCCAUCAGGUAUUAAGCAGCAGUACAGAAGAGAAUGUGAAUAACCCUGAAAAGCAAAGACCAAAAAUGGACAAAGAUUCAAAGUCAAAUGCUAAAACUGCCCAGGCUUCCAUCACUUCCUCAUCAGCAUCUCCUUUUUCAUCUUCCUCUGCCUCAUCUGCACCUACUCACAGCUCCUUUGUCCUGCAGGCCCCUCAGUGCUCCAUGACAAAAGCGUCCCAACAGCCUCCUAUUGUUUACCUGCCUAAACUGGUGUAUGACAUUGUGACCUCUGCUGACAGCACAGGACUUCCUAAAUCAUCAUCCCUCUUACCUUACCAUUCUGUGAUGUGGGCAAGUUCAUUUCGCCCACUCAUGAGUAAGAUGAUGACCUGCACGGAGCAGUCUCUGUAUUAUCGCCAGUGGACAGUCCCCAAACCAAUCCAUAUGGACUACAACAACAGGAACGAAGGCAGGAUGGACACCUUCCAUCCAAGGAGGCUGCUGCUGAGUGGGCCACCACAGAUAGGAAAGACAGGGGCCUAUCUGCAGUUCCUCAGUAUCUUGUCUAGAAUGCUGAUUCGAUUGACUGAAGUGGAUGUUUAUGAUGAAGAGGAGAUCAAUAUUGAUCUCAAAGAAGAGUCAGGUCAAUAUUACCACCAACCAGGGGAUGCAUGGCCUGAUCUAGAAACAAUGAAAAAAAUGUCCUUUGACUAUACUAUCCAUGAUCCAAAAUAUGAAGAUGCAAGUUUCAUUUGUUCAAGGAUACUUAUGAAGAAUGAAGACAGAUCAGCAAACAGAAAACAAGAGGACUUGUAUAUGCGCCGUCAGACAACUCGGAUGAGGUUAUCCAAAUAUGCAGCUUACAACACUUACCAUCACUGUGAACAGUGCCACCAAUACAUGGGCUUCAACCCCAGGUACCAG